GGAUUACAUUCACUGGCAUCUCUUCGUUAAAGAGGGUAUAAAUGCACCUCAUCCCUCCGAUUCCAUAGCCAAAUCAUAAAACAUCUUGUUUUCUCUUCUCUGUCACUAUCUCUCUCUCUCUCUCUCCCAAUCAAUCGCUCACUCAAGCUCGCGAAGAUGGAUUUCCACAGCCUUCUCAGAAGAGACCUUCAAUUUCUCUGCAAGAGGAACAAGAUCCCAGCCAACAUGACCAAUCUCGCCAUGGCCGAUGCUCUCAAAUCUCUUGAGAUCGUUGAAGGUCUUGAUGAAUACAUGAAUCAGAACGACGCCAAUGUUCUUCAGUCUCCAGCCAGUGUAGCCAAGCUCCCACCGAGUACUGCAGCUAGAACAACUCGAAGGAAGACUGCGAUGAAAGCUGAACCUCAGUCUUCGUCACAGUUGGUGGUGGUGAACCGUUCUUGUCGUUUGAAGAGCAAGUCUCUGCAUGGAGAAAUGGAACAAGAAAAUGUUGAUGAAGAAUCGAAGACUAGCAAUGUCAAGAUUGAAGUCAGUGUGGCUAAAACUCCUGCGGCACGGAGCACGAGAAAGGCUUCAGCAGCAGCUUCUUGUAAGAGUAAAGUUCAGGAGAGUAAGAAGGGUGAGUUGGUUCAGUCUGCGUACAGCACGAGGAGAUCAACCAGGCUUUUGGAGAAAUGUAUGGCUGAUUUGAGUUUGAUGACUAAAGAAACAGAGCAAAAAGUAGCUGCUCAGGAGAAGAAUCCGGAUGGUUCAGAGGAGAGAAGUGAGGAAGCUGAAGUUAUCCCAGGUAGAGAUUUAAGUGCUUCCAUGGAGAAAGAAUGGGAGAACAGUGACCAGGUCACUGGAGGUCUUGAGAUAUCUGUUGGAAACACUGAGACCAUGGAAGUUAUGACUGAUGAAAAAGCAGAAUCAGAGAAAAAUUUAGUCCAAGAAGACAAACAAGAAGAAACAUUGCAGGCUAAUGAAGCUAUUUGUGAGGAAGGUUCGAAGAAGAAUGAUAAUGAUCAAGAGAUUAUUGAUCUUGGUGAGAUUCCUGUCUUGGAACAUGCCAGCACCGAGACAAACAAUGAUAACAAAGAGUUGAAGGACAUUCAAGCUCUCGAGCCUGAGAAAGUGAACAUUUUCCAUGAAGAAACAGUUGUCGACCAACCUGAUGGUGAUUCAGAAACUGAACCAGAAGAAGAAGAUUCUGGUGUUGACUCAGACAGCACUAUCUCUGAAGCUGAUUCAAGCCAAGUCGGCCACCAAGAAACAGAAAAGGAGAUUCAGGGGAAUGAUUCAGAGACUGUGAAAAUCAACUUUUUUGAUGAAGCUGCAAUGGUGGACCAAACUGAAUCUGAAGAAGAUGAUUCUGGUGUUGACUCAGACGACACUAUCUCUGAGGCUGAUUCAAACCGAGCCGUACAGGGAUCUGAUAUAGCUGAGGAAGAGAUGAUUUUAUCCGAAUCAGAAGGUUCUGUAACUGCUCCAACUUCUCCUUCUCUUCUGCUGGAAGAGGCUGAAGUCAAAACAGCUCCACUAUCUCCAUUCGCAGCAGAAUCAAUCUCAGCUCAGUUUCCGAGACCAAACAAAUCAGCAGCAACAACCCCAUCAAAGAACUCGGCUGUGAAGCUGGUCAGUGUCGACAACAAUAACAAGGAGAACAACAUGGAGAUGAUGGUGAGUGUUAGUGACAAUGGAGAGAUCAACGCUGAGGCUAAGAAGCAGAAGAAGAAGGUGGAGUUCGAUGAAGAGAACUUGAAAGAUGUUAGCAUCAGGAAACUUGUGAAGAUGGUGAGGGAACUUUCUAUAAACGGCAGUAACAACAGAACAGCAUUGCAGAUGUUGCCUGGGAAUAAUCAGAUUGCAGAGUAGUGUGGUGAAUGGUGAUUCAAAAAAUGUGUUUCUUUUGUUGUUGUUGAUGUUAUCUCAAACAUAAAAAGAUUGAAAAUCGAUGUGUUUCUUUUGAUAAUAAUUUCGGUUUGAACAAAAUUUCAA